AGCCAUGGCCUCCCGCUCGACGAUCUUCCGUCUCAUCAACGCGUCGCAGCAUAGCGCGUCUUGCCCCUGUCAUGGUGGGAAGCCCCACGUACACCUCCCUCAACAGGUCGCGGCGGUUGGCCAACUGAGGAAGCUGGCGACUCCUGUGCAGAACGUGGAGAAAGAGUACGCUUUCGAGGUCGCGGCGUCGAACUUGCGAUUUGGAGACGGAGUGACGGCGGAGGUCGGUAUGGACCUGAAGAACCUGAAGGCGACCAAGGCGCGUGCUGAGACCACUUCCCCAUCCCAUGCGACCUUUCUCACCUCGCUGCAGACCUUGCAAUCGCUCGAGUCGCAGACCGACUUGCCGUUUGAGGUGUACGACAGUGUCGUAGCCGAACCGACGGAGGACAGCUGGCGCAAGGCCAUUGAGUGGUCUCGCAAGCAUGACUUCAGUCACUUCCUCGCUGUGGGAGGCGGAAGUGUCAUCGACACGGCAAAGGUAGGGAGUUCCCAUUUCAGCGUCUACAAAGACGCGGACCUUUUCGACUUCAUCAACGCACCUGUAGGGAAGGGUACACCGGUGUCGGAGAAGCUGCGACCACUCAUCGCGAUCCCUACGACUGCUGGAACCGGCUCAGAAACGACUGGCGCGGCCAUUGUUGACAUCACCAGCCGCGCGUUUAAGACCGGAAUCGCAAGCCGGGCUUUGAAGCCUUUGCUCGGGAUAGUGGACACGCAAAAUACCGAGUCGUGCCCUACGCAGGUGCACAUCAGCUCAGGACUGGACGUGCUUUUCCACAGUUUGGAGAGUUAUACUGCCAUUCCGUACUACGAGCGCACGCCGCGUCCGUCAAACCCCAUCAACCGACCUGCAUACCAGGGCAGCAACCCUGUUGCGGAUAUCUUCUCCUUCUGGGCGCUCCAGACAUGCGUGAACAACCUGCCGAGAGUCGCGAAGAACAGGGACGAUGAGGAGGCAAGGCGGGCGAUGCUGCUCGCCUCUUCGUUUGCCGGUAUCGGCUUCGGGAACGCUGGCGUGCACUUGUGCCAUGGGAUGAGCUAUCCGAUCUCCGGCCUGAAUAAGAAGGGCCCCAAGUACAAGCACCCAGGGUACCAAGUCGACUGGCCCAUCGUGCCACACGGCGUUAGCGUCGCGCUUACUGGGCCUGCUGUCUUCCAGUUCACCGCGCCGUCAAACCCGCAGCGGCAUCGACAGGUGCUCUCUGUCUUCCACAAGGUACCGGAGAACGAUCCCUCGAUCGCGCGCAUCCCGGAUGAGGACGUGGGGCUGCAUCUGUAUGAGGCGAUUGCGCGGUUCUUGGACGGGCUGGGGGUGCCGCGGGGGUUGAAGGCGAUUGGGUACACGAAUGCAGAUGUGGAGGCGCUGGUCGAGGGCGCGAUCCCGCAGCGGCGUGUGCUGGACCUUGCGCCUGGUAUCGGCGAUUUUGUUGGCGAGGAUGGGCGGAUUCAUUUGACGAAGAUAAUCGAGCAGAGCAUGGAGUACUGA